CUCAAGAAAGUUAUACCUCUCCAUCCCCAAAUUGCUACGAUGAAAAAGUUCUUCUGUUGUCACAAAGGAGAAAGCUCAAGUGGAGCAGUAGAAGCGGAAGAACAAACGCAACCUCUGCAACCAGUGCAAUUGCAACCAUCAUCAUCGCAACCAGUGCAAGAUCCACAGGCCUCAUCGAGAAGUGUCAAAGACGAGAACGAAGCCAUCUUUGAUGAAAACCUCUUUGACAAUAACGAAGGCCUUAACCUUGCUUGGCGCAACCUUUGGAAAUCCUACGAAGAUGCUAAAGCUUCGACCCAUGAUCCUUACCCUGGACCUAAGAUUAAAUGGAGCGAGAUCUUUCAAGGAACCCUAAACUUCCGGAACAUCAACUAUCUCGGCCGAGGAAACUUCGGUGAAGUCUAUCGCUGCGACAUACCAAGACUCGACAAGGUCGGAGCUGCGAAGGUUCAAAAGAAUCAGAGCGAAGAGGCUCAUCAUGAGUUCUUGGCAGAGAUCACAACGUUACACGCGGCUAAUCACCCAAACGUGAUCAGUCUUCUCGGCAAAUGUUUCCACCAAGACCACCGUGUCAUCGUCUACGAGUUCAUGCAUCGAGGCUCUCUCGAUCACCACCUCUUUCCAAACACGAGGCUACUUCGAGGUCGUGGACGUGGCUUACUACAGGAGUACAAGGUUUUGAGCUGGACCAUGAGGCUGAGGAUCGCAGUGGGUGUAGCUAAAGCUCUUGUUUAUCUACACGAGGAGCUGAAGAUGGUUCACAGAGACGUCAAGGUUUCGAACGUUUUGCUUGACAAGAAGUUUGUGCCGAAGCUGACUGAUUUUGGGUUAGCGAGUUGCAUCGUUGAAGAUGAGAACGGUGUUGAGAAGAGGAGCGAGAUCACUCUGAUCAAGGGAACUCCGGGUUGCACCGCGCCGGAGACAGAGGAGUUAGGUUUGGUCUCGAGCAAGAACGAUGUCUACAGCUAUGGAGUGUUCCUGUUUACGCUUUUCACUGGAAGGAAAGCUUUUGAUUCCAAGAGAGGUUCUGGGAAAGAGAAGCUCACUGAAUGGUUAAAGAUAGUAUGUAGCAGAGGAGAUAACAUUCCGCUGGUUGUUGAUUCUGCGAUGGGUAAUAGGUUUCCGGGUGAAGGUUUAAUCAAAUUAUUUCAGACGGCCUUGAUGUGUGUCGAUCCGCAACUGCUUGCACGUCCUGAAAUGCGUUUUGUGGAAUCGAUGGUUAGUGACGUUGCGGUUUUUGAGGUCCCAACGUGUCCAACGCUGACGAGGAGGCAUUCGAUGUAG